UUUUGUGGAAGAAACAUAGGAGUAUUUGUUAUACGAGUUGUGUUUAAUUGGCACUUCAAUGUGAACUAUGCGUUUGAGUGAGACGAUUAAUACCGUUAAUCGCGUUAAUUAAUUACCGAAGUGCGUUUAUAUACGAUGGAAGAUGAGCGUGUAAUCAAAGUGGAAAAGAACUGCAAUAAUAUAAUGACUGUUACCCCGUUUUCAAUUGAAAAUAUUUUAAAUGCGAAGAGUCUCAGUAGAAGCGGCGACGAUUAUUCGGACUUUCAAGACCGCGCUUUGGAUAUGACCAAAUCUGGACACAAAACGCCAGAUUCCUGUCCCGGAUUUUCCGGAUUCUCAUCGGACCCUAACGCAGCAGCCCAAUCAGAUGAGGUUACGCGCGAUGGAAACCAAUCCGGACGCAAGAAGAGAUCUCGUGCAGCUUUUACACACGCGCAAGUUUUCGAACUUGAACGCCGCUUCAGUCAGCAAAGGUAUCUAAGUGGACCAGAAAGGGCCGAUCUCGCUCACGCGUUAAAAUUAACGGAGACUCAGGUGAAAAUUUGGUACCAAAAUCGCCGGUACAAGACGAAGCGGAAGCAAUUGCAGAUGCAGGAGCAGAAUAUAAUGUCGCAGAAUGCCCGGAAAGUCGCCGUUAAGGUUCUCGUCAAAGACGACAUGCCCUUAUUCAUGCAGCCCAAAAACUUAAUGUACCAAAAAACGCACGCGUACGACGGUAACAAAUCGGAUUUGUUUCUGUACGACCCCUUCAAUAAAAAUUCUACUCAAAAAUACGGAUCAAAGACUUUACAGGAGUCCAUGUUGAAUUUGUGUCAGCAAUACAACAGUUCCUUACAGUUACUUCCAUAUUUCAGUUAUUACCCUAACAUUAUGAGCGGUAUGCAAACUAAUCAGGACGAGGACGGAAUUAUAGACACUAGAGAAUAGUUUUCUUAAUUGCACCCUUCAAAAUGUAUACGACCAAUUAAUACCAAAGUUCUUUUCGCAAUCACAGUGCAAUUUUAUGACACUUAGCGGCAUUUUGAUAACCAUAUUAAGCACCAAUGCACAUGAUGUAUUACUAGUCUUGUGGUAACAAUUGCCGUAGAUGUAAAUAGUAUUAAAUUAUCAUAAAUGUAGGUGAUCUUAUGUAUA